UCACAUGACGUGGUCACCUGCUAACUAUAAACAUGCAGAUCAAUCAAAAGUCAGUCAACUGGAAAAGUAUCUGUCUUAGCUUGAAACAGUCGACAAAUGGAUGCAACAGCUUCCCAACACGUAAUGAAGCUGCGCGAGACAAAGCGAUACUACCAGCAACUUGCAUCUAUCAAACCGAAGCUCGAGAAUUUAAGCUUAUCAGAUGUAUACACGCUUAGUUGGAGUGAGCUUACUUGCACGCAGGUGAACGACGCUGCACCGGAGUCAGAAUAUCAGUCAGCUUACCGAACUGUUCUUAAUUUAAAACCAGCCAAACGAAUGCCAACUUGUAAUCUGGGUAGCCCAAUUGCUGUGUUGAAUCAAGAUCUCUCAAGACUACCUACAUACUCCAACCUAACACCCAGUACUACUACAACAGCAGGAAAUUGAUCCGGCUAACUUGCCUCACAGCUGAGAUACGCAGAAAGCAAUACAGUCAUCAAUCAUCCUGUUUUUGCAUAAUUUGCACUUCAUUUCUAACAGGAAAACUUCACCACUUUCAGGGAAUUUUCUAGAGUUACCUUGCUAACUCACAACAGAGGAAGCCUCCCUGGUACAAUGAGACUUUUAUUAAUAGAUGUCAAGUUAAAAUAAAGAAUGCGGAGGGAUG